AUGACUGAAGACACUGGAAGGUUCAAAGAGAUACCGGUGCUUCUGAGUAUUUCUUGGUUUGAAAUCCGUGGGAAGAUUAAUAUUUCCAUGCUUUCACCAUUGAUGUUGUACAAGGCUUACCUUGUUUACGAAGUGCAUGACGCUUACGGAUUCAAACUCUAUACUGUACAGCUUAGUGUUGGAUUUGUUGGCGGUCAAUGUAGUAAGACGGCUGCUUAUUUGGACCCAGAAAGAGGACGCGAUGAUGAUCGGCUCCCAAAUGCCAGAAUAGACGAGUGGUUAGAGGUGGAGUUCUUCAAUGAGGGAUGCCUUGACGAUGUGGAUUUGGAAAUGAGAGCUUUGGAGGAUGAGGGCCCUAUCUGGAAGCGUGGUCUCAUUAUCCAAGGGAUCGAGGUCAGGACCAUCACGCCUAUUCUAUUUCGGACAAGGACUCAUAAGCAUAAAAUUAAUUUGCGGUCACGGUCGUGGUUUUAG